CACACCCCCAAUCCUGAUCCGGCAGAGCUGCGACACCGUUGCGCCCAUUCGCCAGUGCACCGCACCAGCAAGCACCACUCAGCGCGCACACCACCGCCCAAAUUACCUGAAUCGCCAGCUUGCUCGUUUCUUCCUCUCUCUUUCUCGUCGACUCGCCCAUCCCCUCGCCAUAAUACAACUUGUGCAAUUCUCUCGCCGCUAGCAUCGACGGAUUCGCCUUCGACCAUAUGCUCUUGUCGAAUUCCCAUUCACCAAGCGGAUAAAAAAAUACACACAGCCACACACGCACACACACUCGCUCUCUUCGCCACGCUGGAGUCAGUCGCUGGUCCUUGCAACCCUCGCCAACCGUGGUCGACCGCUCGCCCUCUGAUUGAGCAACCACACUGACAAAAGGUGCCUCUUUUUCCUGUGGUGAACGUGCUCCGGUCGCGAGACUGGUAGCCUUUCGUUGCCACAAUGGACAAACUAUCCUGCCGGGUCGUCUGGGUCAACCGCAACGUGGACAAGGACGGACUCGUGCGCAAACAAGACCACGACAUAUCGACCGCUGCUGCAGAACCACCCUCGACGCCCUCUCCUACUACGCCAACUGUCAGGACUGUUGCCGAUGAUGUCCAACCGCUGCUCAAUAUUUUCGAUCAAGUUCACGUUGUUUCUACCGGGGCUGCCUGCCUCACUGCCGUCUUCGAUUCGCAUGAGGCGGCUCUCUACAACAUACAGCCCACCAUUGUAUUAAUAGACACACCCUUUGACGCAAAGAUUCCCGAAACCCCGUCGACCACUGGCGUGGCGGGCACCGCUCCGACAGCCGAAGCCUUCGGCAUCCACACACCAGACGACAACCUCUACGGCCUGGCUCUUCUCCAAAAAGUCAUCACGGAAUCCAACCUGCGCGGCGUCACAAAACUUGUCAUCCCCGUUCCCGUCAUCAGCGGCACACCGUCCCCAGCCGCCGCCCCUGUCGCCGCCUCCACUGAUGGCGCUGCUGACCGAUCGUCGCGCUCCCCCUUCAUGGGCCAUCGCUCGCUGAUAAGACGCUGCCUCGACCUCGGCGCCGUCGAAGUCAUCAUCAGCCCCGUCAACAACAAGUGCACGGCGACGCUCGAAAUUUGCGCUUACAAGGCAAUGCGUGAUGCCGCCCGCGACCAGCAAGCCCUCCGCGAAAUCACCGCCGGACGUAAGCGGUCCUGGGUUGGUGUUACCGUAGCCAAGGAGCAAAAGCCGUAUUCCUACCUGCGCGAGGCCAUGGUCUCAGGCUUGAUGAGCGGCAUCUGUCGGGGGGAGCAAGAUGAUGAGCAAAUAUCAACUGCUCACAUUUCCGUGUCUUCGGAGCGACAGGAGCAAAUAGCCAUCGCCGUCGGCCGCUGGCAUUUUUGCGCGCAUUCAUUUGGCGACGACGAAUUAUUAGUGGCCGCCAUGCUCAUGUUCCAACAUGCUCUACAGAUGCCUGAGCUUGCGCCCUGGAAUAUCUCUACUGACCAACUUAUCCGCUUUCUCGUUGCAUGCCGCACUGCGUAUAACAGUUUUGUCCCCUAUCAUAACUUCCGCCAUGUCGUCGAUGUCUUGCAAGCCACCUUUAACUUCCUUGUUCAUAUUCGGGCGCUUCCCCCGUACUCACAGGCGCAUCAGAGCCUCCCCACCGAUAAAUCCCCCGUUGCCUCUCUCCUGUCUCCCUUUGAUGCCUUGACGCUUCUCAUCACAGCCAUCGGACAUGACGUCGGACACCCUGGCGUCAACAACGGCUUUCUCACCACCCUUAACGCACCCCUCGCGCAACUAUAUAACGACCGAUCCGUUCUCGAGGCUUUCCACUGCGCCGCGUACUCACAAAUCCUUCGACGAUACUGGCCGGCCGCGUUUGAGGAUAGGCAGAUGCGCAAUCUAAUGAUCAGCUCGAUCUUGGCCACCGACAUGGGCCUCCAUUUUGAUUACAUGAAGAAGCUCGGCGACUUGCAGGAAAAGUUGCAGCACAACAACACAUCAGAGGGAUGGAACGGCCGCCAACUCGAGGAUUACCGAACACUUGCCUGCUCCCUGAUUAUCAAAUGCGCAGACAUCUCCAACGUGGCUAGACAACACGAUACGGCUUUGAAGUGGAUGCAUAUUCUUUCGGACGAAUUUAUGCGCCAAGCCACCAUGGAGGAGGAGCUCGACAUCAAGACGUCCCUUAUGAUGCCGCCUAAGAAGGACAUUCUGUCGCUAGGAACAGGACAGCUCGGGUUUAUGAACAUGUUUGCCAUUCCGCUGUUUCAGGGCGUAGCCGACAUUAUGCCUGGCAUGAAGUAUGUGGUUGAGGAACUGGAGAUUAAUAAGAGCCUCUUUGAGAUGAAGGUUCGAGACGCAAAGGCAUCACUAGGCCCAGAGAUCUUGGGACUGCAGAGGGGAAUGAGAGAAGGCACCAUGUCGCCUAGAACGACCAGCUUUAUUGCUGACAAGACAGCAACAAGCACACCGACGGCAGAGGUCGAUGCACAGCUCAACGGCCACUCGACGAAUGGCUCCGACAGCGACGGUGUUCGUUCGACGCCAGAUACCGUCAAGGAAUCGAUACCUGACUCGGAGACGUUGACAAAUGCCGAAUCAGCCUCGACAGUGGUACAGUCACCUACCGAACCCUCGCAUCUCCUCAGCGCCGACCGUAAAGAAAUUUAUUUUAUUCGGGGUUCAAACUCCUCAUUUGAUGCAGUCCGCGAGCUGGCCGACAGCGACCCGUUCAACACGCGAGGGCGAGGAGACAGCACGACAGACAAGUCGAUGCCUGGCGGCCACCAACGGCGUAGCGAAACCACCGACGGCAGUAUUUCUGGAGCGUAUGGCGGAGACUGGGCCUCGCAAGCGACCAGCGGCACCGGGAAGGUGGCUCAAUCACCCAGCACCCAGGGAACCAGCGUCGUCAGCAACGAUGAAAUGGAUCGAACUGCGGGUGUGUCACCGUUGGAGAUGUCGCCGCCUAGCACCAAGAGCGGCCUAUUGCCUGGCUCAUACCUUGAGCCAACAACCUCCGAAGAUAUGAGCUCCGGAACUGGUAGCAUUGGCAAGGCGGAGGGCAAGACGCUCAAGAAGCGCCCCAGUCGAUUCCGCAUCAAAGAGUUCCCGUUUUUUAGGAGAAGCAAGGGAACCAGCCCGCCAUUUCCAGCCGCAGAUGUGACGCACUAGAAUGCGGUUCGAAAACACACGGAUCCAUUGGCGUUGAACUAUUUUCGCCUGUAUAUAUAUAUAUUCACAUGUGUACGGUAUAUCACUGUGCACUAUUCUUUUCAGUCUUGUACGCUUUUACGAAGAACGAAGGAGAAGACGGCGACAUUGGCAUGAACUGUGCAGAUAGCAGAGCAUCAUGGCUUGCACUGGCCAGAAACAUUGCUCUAACGUCUGGACUGGGUACGGGGUUUGUCGGCUUUUUUUUUAUCAUGCCGCUCUGCGUUUUCCCCUUGGCCUGGAAGAACACGAAUCCAGACUAUUGGGGGAAAACUGCAUAGGGCAGCUUAUGUCAUUUUUUUUUAUAUCUACACUUUGGGGGAUGGGAUGGGAUGGGAUGGAAAUCAAAAAGACGGAGGGGCAAACGGAAAAACAGGGAAAAACGGAAGGCAUUUUUGUUCCAAGGCGAUUGAGUCAGGAUGAACAAGGUGGUGUUUUCCAUGUGUUUCAUUUGACAUGCCAUUUUUCUUGUUUUUACAGGUGGGAAGGGAAACUAGAACGGCCUGUAAAGCCUCACGGACUGGGAUAUACGGAUAGGUCUAUGGAGGCUGAUUGCAUUUUGCAAGCAGGAUUUAGCGGAGUUUUACGGUUAUAUGAAUUGACCAGAUGUCAUUUAUUCUCAAUA